AUGACUUCGCGAGACAGCGGCUCGGACGACGGGCUGACGAGGACGUCUGGCGAAGUACGGCAACAUGAUCGAGAGACAAUCACAGCGGAAGAGGCAGAGCGAUUGUUGACUCCGAGCGAGAAACAGAGAGACCAACAUCAUCAAGAGCGCGACGGCGACUCGGACAAACGACGCAAACGGAGAAAGAGCGGAUGGCUAGGCGAGCGAGAUGGAGAGACUGCGGUGCUAUACAAGGUCGAGAGAGGAGGUGGUCGCUCAUCAAGUGCUGAGAGCAGUGCCAACUCGAGCGAAGUCGACAUACAGCACUUAGCUAAGACCGACGCAAAGCGCAAGUCCAAAGCGUCAUGGUAUGGGAAACUUGCUGCCAUUCAUAUUGUGAUUAUCGUUGCCUUUUUCGCUUUGCUUUUUGGUGCAUACAAAGCAUCACAUGCCGGCAGAGCCUCAAAAGGCAAAACGGACGCCAUGGCUCAAGUCUUGUCGAAUGGGACACAUCAAUUCGCACCUACGACAAUUCUGAUCUCCCUAGACGGCUUCAGAGCAGACUUCCUGCAUCGCAGUUUGACGCCGACUCUGUCUGGGUUCGUAAGAGAGGGCGUUUCUCCCAAGCACAUGCUCCCUUCGUUCCCAUCUUUGACCUUCCCGAACCACUUCACUCUAGUGACUGGCCAGUACCCAGAAGCGCACGGCAUCGUUGGUAACUCGUUCUGGGAUCCGAACAUGGCCAAGGAGUUCAAUUACACAGACCCCGAGAAGAGCAUGAAGCCGGAGUACUGGAAUGCCGAGCCACUCUGGUCAACAGUGGAAUCGCAAGAUCUCAAGUCUGCUAUCCACAUGUGGCCUGGGUCGGAGGCACAUAUCCUUCCGGAGCCAACUUAUGUCGAUAAUUUCAAUGCUGAUGAGCCCUUGGACAAUAAAGUCAGGCGCAUCCUCGGUUGGCUGGAUUUGCCAGGUCCGAAUGAUGUCGGCGCCUCGUUAGAACAGCCUCGGCCGCAAUUGAUCGCAGCAUACGUUCCAGACGUAGAUGCUGAUGGGCAUAUGUACGGCCCCAACUCAACGUACAUCAGGUCGACUAUUGCUGAGGUGGACGGUAUGCUUGGGUCGCUUUUCCAAGGCAUCACCGAACGCAAUUUGACCGACGUGGUCAACGUGGUCAUCGUGUCAGAUCAUGGGAUGGCGACGACAUCCAGCCACAGACUCAUCCAGCUGGAAGAUCUCAUCGACCCAGAGCUGAUCGAGCACACUGACGGCUGGCCGCUGUAUGGCUUGAGGCCAAAGGACCAGUCAGAAGAGCAGCUCAACAAGCUCUACAAAGAACUAGUCGAAAAGCAAAUGCUACCUCAGUACAGAGGCAACUUCGAAGUUUACCUCCGAGAUUACAACAUGCCAGCGCGAUACCACUUCAGCAACAACGACCGCAUCGCACCGCUAUGGAUCGUGCCCAAGACUGGCUGGGCAAUCGUCACCAAAACCGAGUUCAACAUCGAGGAAGCGCUCGCGCGAGACGAAGUCUACCAUCCUCGAGGCCUUCACGGCUACGACUUCGAAGACCCCCUAAUGCGAGCCAUCUUUGUCGCAAGAGGACCAGCCUUUCCCCACCCCCAAGGCAGCGAAGUCGAGCCUUUCCAGAAUGUCGAAGUGUACAACAUCGUAUGCGACUCGCUGGGCAUAGAGCCAAACCCCAACAAUGGCACACUUCGUCUCCCCUUCAUAACCGUCGGGCUGCACGACCUGACCGCUGUGCCUGACAUCCCAGACGAUUCCUUCGAAAUCGACCUAGACGCAGCGAUCCUACCUCCAAACCUCCCAGGCCUGGACAAAGUGCCUGAAGCGCCUAACAGACCGACGACGCCUAGCCGACCUUCUGAUGAAGAGGCUUCGACUCCACCGACGCAGCCGGAUAAUGCUUUUAACCCUGAGCCGAGUGUUGAGAGACCGGUGGUGCAGGAUGGGAAGGAUGGUGAGGAGGCGAAGAAGCAGUCUUGGCUGGAUUGGAUUAAUGCUGAGCUGGAUGGUGUGAAGGUGUGGGCGGGGAGUCUUUUUGGGUCUGGGAAGGGGGGUGAGGAGGGGGAGGGGGAGGAUGGUGCGAGAUGA